UACAAAUUACCGCUACAAAUGAACCAAGAUGAAAUGAACGAACUAGUUUUUGUUUAUACAUUCAAUCAUUUGAAGAUUCGAGAGUUUUGUUUGAAGAACUUCGAUAAGUACAUUAUGGAUGAUUAUGUGAAAUCGCAUUUAAAGCAAUGGGAGUUAGAAGAAUUAAUACCUAAAUUUGAAGAGGAAGAAGUCAACGAAAAAGCGUUCAAAUGUCUUUCGGAUGGCAUUAUUCGUGAACUGAAACUUGGAAAACGAGCCAUUUUCCAGAGUGCUUAUAGAAAUUAUAUGGAAGCUCAGAGUCCAAAAGGACCUCCGCAACUCGAAUAUUCAAAUGAUCCUCCAGAUACUGCUUCGAUACAACGGGAUGAAAAAAGCGAUGAAUCAAAUGAUUGUUCGAGUUAUAAGAUCGAAGUGUUCCCACUGGAUGAAAUGAAGCUCGAAUCCAUGGUCAACAACGACACAUCUAUACCAGAUAUGUUGCCGUCCAACCACCCAGAGAACGAAAAUGAGAUGAGCGGACCAGAUAGCAACGAGAAUAAUAUCUCGAUCCCGUUUUCCAUAGCACCAAUUGAAAAUUUGACCGAGCAGGACCAUGAAACAGCAAAAUCAUUGCGAACUCUUCUGGUAGAAAAUCAAAAUGUAUCCCAUUUGCUGAACAAAUCAUUUCUGACGCGGGAAAGUCGUAUCGUUCUGAGCGAAGAAAUUGUCAGGUUUCUGUUCGAGCGGAAUGAUGGUGUUAGUUUUGAUGUUUUGCAAAAUUGGGCACGAGCGGUGGAAAUUAUGUUCUGCGAAGAGGUUGCGGAGCUUUACUUCAGAAGGACGAGCAACAAUAGACUUUACGGGGGCAAGUUUUACGAAUCGUACCAACGGUUGAAACGUUCGAAAAUUAGCCAAACCAUAUAGUGUGGAAGAAAUCAACUACAAAUAUAAUGCAGCAAAUUGAUGGAAAAGCAAUUCUUAUAUCGGUCACUAAACUUUAAAUUGUGUCAAAUAGUUAUUCACUUUGAUGGAAUGAAGAAAAACCAUCAGAUGCAUCGUGGAAGAAGUCCUGACAACAGUGCGAACGUUUAUUAAGAGAUACGUCUAAAGGGUUUGGACCCAACGUGCCCCAUAAACGCCACUUUCCACAAUAUUGACCUUUUGGCAGUUUUUGAGUCCAUAAUUGCCCUAAGUCCUUGAGGUUACCUUCAUUAACUAUCAAAAUUUUCGAAAAAGGUCAUUCUUCGAACCCUCUUAAAUCCGGAUCGCAAAAAUUUGUUUGUUUCAGAAACCCUAUAAGUCUAUGUUUCUAAUUAUCACCACGAACAACGCUGCGAUAGAUAAAAAAAUUCAUUCAUAGUUUACAUCCGAGCCACAACAAGCAUGCGCUACUAAAUUUAAUCAGAAUAUCUUCUGAUUCGGAUUGGGACCAGAUAUGCCAGGUUUGAAGACAUUUGACUUAUUGUGAAAAUAUUUGAUUUUGUGAAGACAUAUCGUAGACAUUAUGAAAUAUGUAAAGACAUUUCAGUAUGACAGCGAACGUGGGUUUUUGAGAGAUAUUAUUUUCAUGAAAUUCCGUAAAUAUCGUAAAAAAAGCAGGGCUUUUGUCUCGGGGUCAUUCACUUGCUUUUAAUUCCAAGCAAAACACUCACAGGUAUAUAGAAUGAAUUCAACAACAAAGCGAUUUUUGCUUCAGAUUCUGGAGAACUUCAAGCGGUCUGAAUACAUAUUGGGCCUGAUUCUCGAAUACACUUCACGAUGGAAACGGAAUGAAACGUAAAUACCAGUUUGAUACGAAGAAGUUAAUUUUCAUUAAUGAAUUUUAUUUGAAAAGUGCUCAUUCUGCCUGAAAACUCAUUAUUAUCUUCGACAUUUCACUAACUCGUAAAACGUAGUUCAAUGGCGUGCCGUUUAUUUCGCUAUACUGUAAAAUAGAUUAACCUAUCUUUCAAACAAUCACUUCACAAAUUGAAGGUUUUUCGGUUACAUAACAGUUUGGCUGAAAAGUUUAGAAGGUAACACAGUAAAACUUGUUUUUUUGCAAAUUUUAAUUUUAUUCAACAUAAUUGCCCUCGAGUGGGGAUACAGCGAUUAUAGCGAUCUUGCAACUUUUCGAUACCAUUUUUAAAGUACUCUCUCGGUUUUUCCUCAAAGUAAGCCUCAAUUUCGGUAAUCACUUCAUCAUCGGUCUUAAAUUUUCUGCCAGCGAGCAUUCUCUUCAGGUGUGCGAACAGAAAAUAGUCGCUGGGGCCACAUCUGGAGAAUAUGGUGGAUGCGGAAGCAAUUCGAAGCCCAAUUCAUGCAAUUCUACCAUCAUUUUCAUUGAUUUGUGAUUUUUCCAUUUUUUUCAUGGCUCAAGUCACUGCAUUCCCGCAGGCGAAUGGCGUGACUAUAGUUUGUCACUAGGUGAGAUUUGAAGUCGUGUCCUCAUAUGUUAUCGACUCGGGUAUCAAAGAGAAGUUCAAAAGUAAUGUAGCUUUCACAAUGAAGCAAGGAACUUUGCUAUCUCACGUCACUCGCCGCGUAGAAUAAGGGGGAAUGAGAAGACAUUUGAAAAAAUCACCUGGCAUCUCUGAUUGGGACCCGGACAUCAAUGAAAUCAAUGGAGUCAAUGGAACGGUAUACAAACAUAGGAAGGGAAAUGAUGUCCCAGCCAAGAAAGUAGGAGCGGAUUGCACCUGCAGAUAGACUUGUUUGAAGAUACAAGCGAACAGGAUUGAUACUUGCAAAGCAUGAUCGAUAUCAAACGUCCAAAAAAAAUACUUAUGGGUAAAAUGUUCCGAUAUUACUUUAACGAUUUGAGCGGCAAAUCAUCUCCCAGAAACCCCAAGCUGAGAAUUAUAAUUGAUCUUGGUGAACAACACAUUUCGUCUUUUCUCUUAGAGUAUCCCAUUACACCAUCGUCGAGAAAACAACUAUUUCGUUGGAAAGCAGUGUCCGGAAAUCCCCCAAUGGCCAUUUCAAUUUAUCGCAGUUCAAUCAGCUUCCUCACUCGGAAGACUUCAUGGACAUGGCGGAGGAAAAAAAUAUCAUACGUGACGCCAAUAGCAGUACUUUUUGGCUUCUGAAAUCUAAAUCAGGUUAAUUGAUUAUUGGCCAUGACCCGGGAUGAACAUAGUCCGAGUUUAUUAUAAUUGUUUGUGAUCUUUGAGGAAUUGAUGCAGCCAACACUGAACAACAUCGAGCUCACGACAAGAACAAAGUUCCUAAAAACAGUAUGCAAUUACAUAGAGUUUGUAAAUAGUAACAACAACGUUGACGUGAACGCGUUGAAUUUUAUGUUAAAUAUGAAUGAAUAACAUAAAUUUCAAAAUGAAGCAAUACUUGUAAAAAUAUUUAUGAAAUAAACAAAACAUUGACAUUAAAAAAAAAUCUGCCAAACGAUGACAUGGAAUAUUGACAAACAAGCCAAACUACGAGGGUCGUUCAAAAAAUAAGUUUCAGUGCCUCAGAAAUCGCGGAAAAAUAACGUUAGGACAAAAAACAAGGUGAUUUUCGUAAUCUAUGUUUUAUUUUCUAUUUUUCUACAUAAUCGCCGUAUCGUUCGCGGCAUUUUUCAUAGCGUGGUACGAGUUUUUCUAUUCCGAGCGCGAAGUGCGUAGCGUCCAACGAAAUAGGAAAACGCGGUUUUUCGAAAAGUCCAUUCUAUGGUAUAUUCUUGAAUGCCUUAGUUCCAGAAACACGAAGAAAAAAAUAGCAGUGGGUUAUAUCUAUGAUAUAACCGCAAGGUAGACGAAGGACUACCGCUGGCUCUGUAUUUUUUUUCAAAUUGCAUAUGAAGCAUUUUUCAAUGAAUGAAUGAAUAAUUACUUUCAAAGAUUGCUGAAAGUUUUCCUUGUUAGUGUGUGUUUAGGCAUAUCACCCCUCGGAUGUCGAUAUGAGAUGCUGUGAGUUUAUCCCAUCACGCUUUACGAAUCUCGGUUAUUCAUAAAAAAAAAAACAAUAGGGAAUUCAUCGAUGAAAGGCAAUAAUAACAGUCGGAAAAAUAACUGGUCGGUCGUAAUCCAUCAGCUUGUCCACAUAGUUUGUACGUUUGAUUAUAGUCUUUUUCUGUAACUUUAUGUAAUUUAUGUGACUAGAAUAAUAUGUGUUAGAAUAAAAUAUGUGUCAAUAUUCACUUCGACAAUCAA